UCCGACAUUACGAGCUGACCAGUUGAUUGCGCGACAACGCAAUGAAUAGAUUCCUGGCCAUCCUCCUGCUGGCGAUAAUUGGUUGCGGCAGCCUGGCGCUGCUGCAGGCCCACGGCGCCCCACUGCCCGAGAAAUCACACAAGCGCUGGGUGCGCCGCCGCGUCUCUCGCUACGAUCCCGACCUAGAGAUUGUCGAGGUGAAGGACGUGUACUUCGUGCGGCGGCCCAAGAAGGUAGUGACUAAUCCCAUCAGCGAGAACGAGAUGGACAGGCGCAUGCGCUGUGACUUUGAGCCGCAUCGCAGUGAAUGUCAGGGCCUGAGCCGCAGCACUAGUCCGGCACCACCAGAGACCAGCACCACUAAUGACGCCAUGGAUCGGCGCAUACGCUGCGACUUUGACCCCACAGCAGAUGAUUGUAAGUUGAGUCUGGGCAACGGCUAUGAAAACUCGCCACGUAGCACCACACAAGCCACAACCACCACCACCACCACCACGGAUUUGCCACUAUUGCCUGAGCUCACGGAGCCCGAGGAGGAGCCGGAGAAGGCGCACGAGGAGGAGCGGCAAACAACCACAGAGGCUGACUACACGCUGCCCGAGGAGAAUGAUGAGGAUCCAGAAGACCCCGAAGAUGCAGAUGAGGCGGAUGAAGAUGGCGCAGACGCUGAUGAGGAGGACGACUACGACACUGAAGACCAAAGCCAUAUGGGGAGCAUAGAUCCGAGCGAGUGGAAUCCACGCUAGUCCCACACGGAAGUCGGCACUCGCUCUCCGAAUAUCUUCCUUGAUGUGUGCCAUUUGGAGCCGAUUCACAAUUAGCUUGAAUUAAGUGUGAAAUGUCAGUGAGAAUGAGCUGAAUAAAAUUUCAAUGACGGAAAUCAGUGUCCGUCCUAAGCGA